AUGAGUUGGCGAUCAGAACAUAUAUGGAUAGAACUUAUAGCGGGGUCUCGAAAAAUAAGUAAUUUCUGCUGGGCCAUUAUACUUUUUUUAGGUUCAUUGGGGUUUUUAUUGAUUGGAAUUUCCAGUUAUCUUGACAGAAAUUUGAUAUCUUUAUUCCCGUCUCAGCAAAUCCUUUUUUUUCCACAAGGGAUCGUGAUGUCUUUCUAUGGGCUCGCCGGUCUGUUUAUUAGCUCUUAUUUGUGGUGCACAAUUUCGUGGAAUGUAGGUAGUGGUUAUGAUCGAUUCGAUAGAAAAGAAGGAAUAGUGUGUAUUUUUCGUUGGGGAUUUCCAGGAAAAAAUCGUCGCAUCUUACUACGACUCUUUAUGAAAGAUAUUCAGUCUAUCAGAAUAGAAGUUAAAGAGGGUUUUUAUGCUCGGCGUGUCCUUUAUAUGGAAAUCAGAGGCCAGGGGGCCAUUCCUUUGACUCGUACUGAUGAGAAUUUGACUCCACGAGAAAUUGAGCAAAAAGCAGCGGAAUUGGCCUAUUUUUUGCGUGUACCAAUUGAAGUAUUUUGAAAUAAACCGAAGCACUUUUCUUAGCAGGAGGUAAAAAACCAAAAAAUCCUCUUUUUUUUUUUUUCUAUAACAUAACUUAACUUAAAUUUAUUCAUAAUACUGAUGAACCAAAGAAGACGUAUAUUAUAUAUACGGAAUAUAUACGGAAAACGGAAAAAUUCGAAAACGGAACUUUUUUUUAUGCGUAUGUAAAUUCACAAAAUUCAAGGACUAACCACUGACUCACAAAUAAAAAAGAGGGAAUAGAUUCGCGGGUUCGAAGCUUUCUAUUCUAAAUUCUAAUAUCUAAUAUUAGAAUAGAACUUAUGCUUGAUAGAAAUAUUAGAUCGUAUAGAGUUGACGAAUGAAGCGGAUUCAUUAAAAAUUCACAGACGAAAAAAUGGAAAAAAAA